CUGGCGCCGGAAUGUAGGGGGCUCCUCGGCUUCCUUCCAAGAUGGCGACAACGAAGGAGCCCUUGAGCGGUAGCGACGCAGCGGGCCCAAGCACACGCCGAGGGCACUUGGGCAUCCCCGAGGCUGUUUUCGUGGAAGAUGUAGAUGCUUUUAUGAAACAGCCUGGAAAUGAGUCUGUAGAUAAUGUACUCAAGAAAUUGGAUGAGCAGUAUCAGAAGUAUAAGUUUAUGGAACUUAACCUUACUCAGAAGAAAAAAAGGCUAAAAAAUCAAAUUCCUGAGAUCAGACAAACAUUGCACAUUUUAAAAUACAUGCAGAAGAAAAAAGAGACCACAGAGCCCCUAGAGACUAGAUUCUUACUGGCUGAUAAUCUCUACUGUAAAGCUUCAGUUCCUCCAACGGAUAAAGUCUGCCUGUGGUUAGGGGCCAAUGUGAUGCUCGAGUAUGACAUUGAUGAAGCUCAGGCCCUCUUGGAGAAAAACCAUUACACUGCCACCAGCAAUCUGGAAUCACUCGAGGAAGACCUGGACUUUCUUCGGGAUCAGUUUACCACCACAGAAGUCAAUAUGGCCCGGGUUUACAACUGGGAUGUCAAGAGAAGAAACCGAGACGAGCCUGGCCCAUCUAAUGUGUAAUGUCCCCGCCCUCGAUCAUGGGGCUUGGUGAUCCCAACGUUUGACUUGGGAAUAAAUGCUUUUCAAACAAAAAAGGCAUUCUAGAGUAAAACAGAAGGCAAUUAUAAGCACGUCUUUCAUUUGUCAAAUGAAAAUCCGGUCUCCUUUAGAUUUUAUGAAAUUAUUUGCUUGUUUCAAGGUCAUGCUGGUUUUGGACUUGGUUAUCUCCAAGGCUAGCUAGCUUUGCCACUCUGGAUUUGGGGGGCAUGCAUGAAAUGCAUUGUUGGGCAUUUGCAGGGGGGUGGAAGUGGGGGGUUGCUUUUUUUGUCAUUUAUUGUAAGUUUCCCUUGAAGUAACAGUUUAGAGAUUGGGGAAAUUCUCCAGGGGUAAACCAGUUUGCUGCCAGUUUGCUACUUCCCAAAUUGAUUUUCUUCCUGUCACUUUGAUUAGUUACUGGUCAACUUACAUUGUCCUGGCCUUUUUAAUUAAUUGUUUUUUCUACCUUUAGAAACAAGAUGUAGGGUGUAUCUGAACAACAAUAGGGUUUGGUGAGGUGGCCCAUUCACCCCCUACCUGCUAAAUGCCCACUGCUCAUGCCUUUCAUGUGUCUUGGGUAAAGCUGAGUUCAACAUCCUGGUACCUCUUUCUAUAUGGCACCUUAACAAAGGAAACAAAAUGAGAUGAUUUCUUUCAAAGGAAGGAAGGCUCUGCAAGCUUUUCUGACUUAAAAAGUCAACAUGAUACCAGCUUAUAAAGGAGCUGUUACCAUGCUGUGGAAUUAAAUUGCAAUGUCUUCCACUUUCAAGUAGUGAGAAGUACAUUUACAGUGGUUUUAUAUUUUGUUUGUAAUAUCAAAACAGUGAAAUCAUGGCAAAGUAUCUAUUGAAAUGUCCCCAUCUCUGUUGCCUGCUCUGCUGAUCGAUUCUAAAUCUAAAGGGGGGGGUGGGGGUGGGGGGAAUCAAGGUACACCAGUUUUGAUUUUUGCUGUUGUCACCACAGAGCUCUCGGUACAUUGGCAGCAAAUGGUUCUUAGUUUCUAAUUUCACAAUAAUUUCAUGUUGUUGAUCUUUACCUUCGUUAUUUACCAGCUUGAAUUCCAUAAAAUUUCUAGUCUAAUUUCUCUAGAGUAAAAUGAGGACUACAAGGGAAAUUAGGAAGUGGAAGCACAGCCUUUAAAGAGGGCACCCUUGCCCACUUAGUGCUGUUAGCUGGUCUCGCUCACUGGGGCCAAGUCAAGUCCAUUGAACCACUGAGCCACAUGACAGCUAUUGGGUUUUUUUUUUGGCAGGCAGAUAGUUCAAAUGUCAUCCUGAUUGCUGGAACUGACUUUCCUGCUUUGACUCAGUGUGGUUUGUGAAACCCCUUUGAAAUUCAUUCCUCGUCAGACAUGGCAUCCAGACCUGAAGACUAACCAUGAGGGUUCAUUGAACUUGGCGUGGGUGCUCUCCACCCCUAGGCCCUCCAUAUGAAUUGUGCUUUAGGGUAGCACCACAGUGCAUACAGACCUAAAGUCACAAAUCCACCUCUGGUGAGCCAUUUUACCUCUGCCUAUUUCACUUUCCUUCUCUAAUACUAGCUCUAUUGUGAUGACCACACUAGCACCCAGGAUACCUCAGAAUCAGCCAGAGUCAGGAUAAGCAACAGUCCUUAGUCUUUAUUCUUGGUCUUUAGGGGUAGAAAUGAAGGGGAUGGAAGUGGAAUCUCUGCAACUGCCUUCUUCCUUGUCCACUGCAAAAAGUGACCCUGGCUCGUCUUACUCCACCUCCUAGUCCCUCCUACUAUCCUCUGCGUACACCAAUCAUUGAGCCAGCACAGGAUAGUGGGAAGGACCAUUUUCCAAGCACAUGCCCAUAGAGUAUUGUCCAAUCGGUAAUUAUCCCUAAGUGCUUGAACUGACCUCGGUGCAAUGAUUCAAGAGUUUCAGCCCUCUACACUCUAUGACCCAGGUUGUGUUGAGCACAGUGCCUGGCACAUAGAAAGCACUAUGUAAAUUAGUUCGUUUUUAUUAUUGGCCUUCUUGCUCCUAUCUGAUUGGAUGGGUAGAUUUUUUUAAAAGUUUAUUGAUAAUGUAUAUUACGUCACCUGGAUUCUUCUCUCUCAUAGACAACAUUGCAUAUGACACAAUUAUUUCAAUAUAGAGAAAAAAAAUUUAAAGCAAGAUUGACACGUGGAAAAAAAUUGAUAUCACGCAGUGUUGCAUAACUGUGGAUCUCUUGCCUCUACAGAGGAGUAGAGCUGGGUGUGAAUUUUCUUUGAGCCAAGCUUAUUCUGGAUAUGUUACAAUUUCACAUGUCCCUAAAUUCAGUUUUGGUUGUUUGGUAGUACAGGUUCUUUCAAGUGACAUUCUUGUAGUCAUGGUUUCAAAAGAGGGCAGGACAACAGUUUGGUGUAGAAAUAGCCUCAGCUCAACAGGAAAACAAGGAAAUGGGGAAAAAAAUGAAGCAUUGGGAGGGUGGGGUUCAUAUCCAGAACACACUAAGCUCAGAGAUUCUGAUGGGCUCAAAAGGAAAGAAAGGGAUGAGAAUAGCAGAAUGGAUUGAAAUUUUUCCAACAAUGCAUUCUUUUUAAGAAACACUUAACACCUACCUGCACAGUGAGCAGAAGGCAGUGGUUCUCAAAGUGUAGUCCAGAGAAUCCUGGGAGGUCUUUGAAAACCUUUCAGAGAGUUUACAAAUUCAAGAUUAGUUUUUAUUUCUAAUAGGGUAAAUAUCUAUAAUUACAACCCACAUAAACAAAAACUUUGAACAGAUCCUCGAUCAUUUUUAAUGCUAUAAAGAUACUGAGAACUAAAGUUUGAGAACUACUGGGGCGUUAAAGCAAACUUUUGGCUUCAACUGAACUUUAAAAAAAAAGAACAGGUGAAAUAACAAUAAUAUAUGGGCAAUAGCAAAAACCGACAAGAGAAAAACAGGGAGUUUAUAUGUUUAAUAUGUAUCAUAGUGUAGCAUGUCAGUACCAGUGGGGAAAGAAUAUAAAACUGGGAGGGGUUUUUUGGGGGGGAGGGGGGUAUAGAUGAGCUUUUAGAUAAUUUUAUUGAGAAAAAGAGAUAAAAAUAGCAAAACUUUAAAACAUUAACACAAAAAUCGGGGUUAGUUGCAAAAAAGGCUUAGGAAAACGCUGUUCCCUUUUUGGCGAAAGAAUAAAAGAGACUAGAAAAUAGGAAUAAAUGGACUUUUAUGUACGAUAGGAAUAAACUUUGAUCCUUGCCAGAACAGGAGUGUCCAUUAUCUUCACUUCUACUUGAUAUAUUGCUGGAAAUAUUAACUGUAGCAGUUAAGACCAAAACAAAACAAUUGAGGGAAUAAACAUUGGCAAAGAAGAAACAAUUCGUACUUUUAUCAGUGAUACGUGAGCUACUUGGAGAACCCUUGGGAGGAAUAAAGUACUCGUGAAGAUACAGGAAUUAUAUGAAUACAACUGCAAAAUUCUAGAAACAGACAUAAAUAGUUGAAAGAUAACUUUAUGGCUCAUGGAUAGACCCAUUCAGUGUAUAAUAAUGACCCCUAAAUAAAUUUUAGUACCACACCGUCCAAACAGUUGGCACAGUGGCACGGUACCUAGCAAAGAGUAGGUGUUGUUUUUGUAGUAGAAGAAAAUCAUGAAAUUCAUUUGGAGGAAUGAAACGUCAAGAAUUUCAAGAGAAUGAAAAAAGCCAAAGGAAUAAUUGUGUAAACAAUGUGGUUUAAGGGAAUAAGUUAUCAAUCAGUAGAGCAGAUGAGAGGUACCCAAUACACAGAAGUGAACAAACUUAGUAGUUCACUGUUCAUUAAAUCCAAAGACCCCAGCUACUGGCAUAAAAACAAAAACAGCAGUCUGGCAGAGAUUGGGUUUAGACACCAUAUACCAAGCUAAGCUCCUAAUGGAUAUUAUACCAAGUACAUAGAAUAGAAAGUCAAACAAAUUGGAGGAACAAGGAAGAAAUCAAUUAUCUUUGAGAUUUAUGGGCAUGGCAUUGUUAGUGGAGUUGUGAAACGAUCCAACCGUCUAGAGCACGAUUUGGAAAGGACUAAAAUGGUGCAUACCCUUUGAUCCAGCAAUACCGCUGUUGGGGUCUGUAUCUCCAAUCAUAAAAGAGGAAAGAGGAGCCACAUGUGAAAAACUUUUGCAAACAGCCCUUUUUGUGGUAGUCAAUAAUUGGAAAAUGAGAUGUCUAUUGAUUAGGAAAUAGCUGAUUAAGUUCUGGUAUGUGAAAGUCAUGGAAUAUUAUUCUAUAAAAAUUGCUGAACAGGCUGAUUUUAGAAAGGCCUGAAAAGAUUUACAUGAAUUGAUGUGAGUAAAACAAGCAGAACCAGGAAAACAUUGUACACAAUAACAGCAAGGUUGUGGGAUGAUUAACUGUGAUGGACUUGGAUGGAAAACAUCAUCUGCAUCUACAGAGAAUUGUGGAGACUGAAUAUAAAUCAACAUAUGCUUUGUUCACUUUUUUCUUCCUAUGUGGUUUUUUCCUAUGUGGUUUUUCCCUUCUGAUUUUUCUCUCAAUAUGAUUCAUAAUGUAAUAUGUAAAAAAAGAAUGUACAUGUAUAACCAAGUAAAAACAUAUAAAAUUAUGUAACUGAGGAAAAAUAAAAAUUAAAACAGA